GUAGACCGCUUGGAGAGUGGGAGCGCAGUCGCAGGUUAUCCACCGACUGGUGCAAGAUCUACCGUCAAUCUGCCACGUCUGGGAUCUUCCUUUAUAUAGACGAGAGACUCAAACAAAACCACUUCACUCAACGCGGAUCCAGAUUGUUUUCUUUUUCCUCUUUUUCCCCCUCUCUCCUCUUCUCACCCCCCUGAUCAGGCUUAACCGUCCUGCGUUUUUGUAAAGGCAAUUGUUGGUGCGCAUCAUCGCGGGAGCCAAAAGGAGGUUCGCCACUGUUCCAUAGGAGACUGCGGGCUGCUGGAGCGUCAUGACAGCUGAGAAGAGCGGGCCCGUUAUAAACGGUAAACCAGAGGAUGGCAGAGACCCGGAAGGGUCCAGCUCCAGCCUAGACAACGGGGGCUACAAUGAAAGGGGUCACUGGAACAACAAGAUUGAGUUCGUCCUGUCUGUGGCCGGAGAGAUCAUUGGUCUGGGCAACGUCUGGAGGUUCCCUUAUCUUUGCUACAAGAAUGGAGGAGGUGCGUUCUUUGUUCCAUAUGUCAUCUUCUUCGUGUGCUGCGGUAUCCCUGUGUUUUUCCUGGAGACUGCCCUGGGUCAGUUCACCAGCGAGGGAGGCAUCACCUGCUGGAGGAAGGUCUGCCCGCUAUUUGAGGGUAUUGGCUAUGCAACACAGGUGAUUGAAGCUCAUCUAAACGUGUACUAUAUAGUGAUUCUAGCCUGGGCCAUCUUCUACCUCUUCAACUGCUUCACCACUGAGCUACCGUGGGCUGGCUGUGGGCACUACUGGAAUACAGAAAACUGUGUCGACUAUUACGGAGAAAAUGCCACCAACAUUACAAAUCCCAACGCAACUUCUCCAGUUAUUGAGUUCUGGGAACGCAGAGUGCUGAAGAUAUCAGAUGGUAUUGAGCACAUGGGGGGGGUGCGCUGGGAGCUGGCCAUGUGUCUGGCCCUGGCCUGGUUCAUCUGCUACUUCUGCAUCUGGAAAGGACCCAAGUCAACUGGCAAGGUUGUGUAUGUGACAGCUACCUUUCCUUAUGUCAUGCUGUUGGUCCUGCUGAUCAGAGGAGUGACGCUGCCCGGAGCGUACGACGGCAUCAAGUUCUACCUCUACCCAGACAUUUCACGUCUCUCUGACCCUCAGGUAUGGGUGGAUGCGGGAACACAAAUCUUUUUCUCCUAUGCCAUCUGCUUGGGCUGUCUCACUGCUCUGGGAAGUUACAAUGCUUACAACAAUAACUGCUACAGGGACUGCAUCAUGCUGUGUUGUUUGAACAGCGGCACCAGCUUCGUGGCAGGUUUUGCUAUCUUCUCUGUGCUGGGCUUUAUGGCCUACGAACAAAAUGUUCCCAUCGAAGCUGUGGCAGAAUCUGGUCCUGGUCUUGCAUUCAUUGCAUACCCCAAAGCUGUUACUAUGAUGCCUCUGUCUCCACUUUGGGCUUGUCUCUUCUUCAUGAUGCUGAUCUUCCUUGGCUUGGACAGUCAGUUUGUGUGUGUGGAGAGUUUAGUCACAGCUGUGGUGGACAUGUACCCAGAGACCUUCAGGAGAGGCUAUCGCAGAGAGCUGCUGAUUCUGGGCAUGUCUAUAGUCUCUUUCUUCAUAGGACUCAUCAUGUGUACGGAGGGAGGAAUGUACGUCUUCCAGCUGUUUGACGCGUACGCUGCCAGCGGGAUGUGUUUGCUGUUUGUGGCCAUUUUUGAGUCCAUAUGUAUCGGCUGGGUGUACGGUAGUGACAGAUUCUACCUGAACAUUGAGGACAUGAUUGGCUACAAACCUGUCUUCUUCAUCAAAUGGUGCUGGAUGAUUCUGACCCCGGGCAUCUGUGCUGGAAUUUUCUUGUUCUUCUUGAUUAAGUACAAACCGCUAAAGUACAACAAUGUAUACACUUACCCUGACUGGGGCUAUGGCAUCGGCUGGUUCAUGGCCAUGUCCUCGAUGGUGUGCAUCCCUCUGGGAAUUAUCUGGAUGAUUUGGAAGACUCCUGGCACCUUCGCUGAGAGAAUGAAGAAGCUGACCACCCCUAGCCCAGACCUGAAAAUGAGAGGAAAACUCGCUGCCCUCAGUCCUUAUGCUGCCAAUGACGCAAAACUGAAGGUCGACGGGAAAAUAUCCACCAUCUCAGAGAAGGAGACGCAUUUCUAAUCGACCGCCUGACUGACCAACCAAGCUGCCUGCUGUCCAGCAAAAUGAAAACCACCACAAUAUUAUCAGCCACCACACACAAACAGGAAAUGAAACAAAUGACUGGGAGUGUUAUUUUUGUUUUGUAAAAAAAAAGGAAAAAAAGAAAAGUUAUCACAUGUUUAUGUAGUCUGCUUCUGUUUUUGCACAAACUUUAAAUAACACUUUUGUUGUUUUUGAUUAACAUUGUGACUAAAGCAGCUAUUUCUUUUUUUUUCUAACCAUUAAUAUUUAAAAAUGUGUUUGAUGACAUACACUACAUGGUUGAAACCUGUCCUGGUACUUUGUCAGUACUGGUCGCACUAGUGUCUGUGCCUUUAGAACAAGACCAGUGUGUUGUGUUGUACAAGGCUUACACUGUACAUUUAUUGGCAAAGUGCUGUGCCUCUAUAUUAGGUACUAGGUACCCAAAUGUGACUAUCUGAGAUGUAGCAGCUUGGGGACCAUUCUACAUAGUUUUGUGUGUCAAGAAAGGAUUCUGCAGUGUGUCUUAGCACAGAGGCUAUAGGAGGGCACCAAAUUCUCCUGCUAGAAAAACUAUACAUUAUGUUUAAAGAGUUUUGCCACUGAAGUCUCAAAUGCUAUCUGCACCAGCCGUGACUGUGAGGGCUGUGGAACAUUUUUAGGCCUUGAAUACUUAUUAUUUACUUGAAUUCAUUGUUGUUGCCAAGCAAUACAAGCAAAAACUCUCCUUACUGGAUGUAACUGAAUGAUAUCAUAAGGUCAUUGAGCAUUAUGUUGGCACAUAUUGGGUCCUUCUGGGUUUUGCAGAUUUCCAUGGCAUGGCUCUUUCUAACUAAAUGUCUCCUCUUGGGAAGUUUACAGCAAAAAAAAUUAAGGGCAAGUAUAAAGUAGUCCAGGGUUUAAAAGACUUUAAAUCAGCUCCCAUUCAGUUAUAGAAAUGUUUAAUUUUCUAGUUUAAGGUACAGAUCUUCACUUGGCUACAAAUAGCUGUGUGUGACUCGCAGGCUGAGUUUAAAAGCACCACACCUCUCUCUCCUCUAGCCGCCCUCCUAUAAGUCAUGGAUAUCUGUCGGUUCACAGUAAUUAUGCUGAGCCUAACACAGAGUGACAGAUAGACGUGCUUCCAACCCUGCAUUUUUAUUUCCUGCUCCGCCUGUAGAGGAGAAGACGGACGCCCAUCAGAUGAGCAUUUCAAACCCCAUCUUGUCUUCUUAUCCUCCUUCUUUCUUAUUCUUUCCUCAUGUCCUCUUCAGUCUUUUUCUCCCGAUGCCUUGCUUCUCAUCCUCAACCUCUGCUUGUCUGCCUCUCAGUUUUUUCCCCACUUCUUUAUACUGCUUCAUUGCAUCACACGGAGGGCUUGAACAAUGACUCAGGUCUUGUUUGAAACUGUGAUUAGCUGCAUUUCAUCACACAUUUAUGUGUCAGUAAUAGCCUUGCUAUUGAUUUACAUUUCUGUGACCUUUCACUAAGAAAAGUAUGUCUUAAUUUUGCCAUCUGAGCCACUGCAGGGGUGAAAGCAGUCUGUUCCUGUCAUUGAUGUAAUUGUGGUAGGAGACAACGAGCUGGUCUCAUUGUUAAGAUCAAUCUCUGUCCAUUACAACCUCAUCCCAUCAGCACUCGAAUGACUCCCAGCUGUCCUUCCACCCUUCCUUGCUUUGUCCAACUUUUUUUCCCACUUCCCUUCUUUUCUUUCCUGUGUCCUUGUUUCCUGAUGAAAAUGCAAUCAGAGGAGAGCAUCUGAGGGAAUGAAAAAUUCUCUUACAGUUUUUCAGGAGGAUGCAAAGAAAGCAGGGAAAGAAAUAAGGAACUGAUGAGCUGAGGAAGUGUGUGAUCGAGUAAGAAAUGAGGGAAACCGAGGAAGUGUUUAGUGACCGAAGCUCCUCCUGUCUAAGCUGUGACGUCCUCUCAAACAUGUGAUUGGUCCCUCUGGUGUUGUUGCAUUCUGACAUUAUCACCUCCUCACUGAUGUUUGUGCAAGUCAAUAGUUGUGUGCAUCAGAAAUUAUAGCCUGCUGUUUAACCCUGAUCAUAUCAAUGUAUAUUUUUACAUCUCUUUCUAGAAAUCUGUGGUCUAUUUCUUGAGAUGAAAAAAGUUUUAAAAAGGUUUGCUGUAAUAAAAAAGAAUACGUCCUUUGUUUUGACUUUUGAUAUGCUCAAAAGAUCUUGUUAUAGAAAUAUAAUGAAAGGUGUUUUACUGUUCUGUACUGUUCUACACACAUUUUGGUAUUCACAGGACACAUGAACUGUCUGCUUACUCAUUUUUAAGAAUAAAUAUGAUAAAGAAAAGUGA